GACUGUCUAGUUCUGAAUAAUCAUUGAUGCUUACAGGAAAUCCUACAGAAGAGAGAAGAAGAAGUAAUAAUGAAAAUGAAAGAUAAAAACUGUUUUUGAAUAUUACAGCGGAUGUACAAUUACUUCAUCUCACUGACAUCAAGUUCUAGUAAACAUGAGGUAACACAGUUCAUUUUAUGAAAGGUAUUUCAUAUAGAGGUCCCGGCUUCAUGAUUCCAAGUCAGCAAAUAGACAAUCAUACUGUAUUUGAUGAAAAAAAUAAUUUACAGAUUUAAAGUCAUGAUCAGUAUAGAUAUAGUAUAACACAAUAUGUAGAAAUCAAACAUUUAAGUGUUUUAACCUCCAUGAACCCAACAAUGAAGCAAUUCACCCUAAGAAGGAAAUAACAUGAUGUGGUAAGAUACAAAGUUUAAGUAAUUGUUAGAGAAAUGCCCAUUAGAACAGGGAGAAAAACAAAUGGAUGGAUGAAUAAAAAGAUUUCUAUAUUAUUACUGUUGAAAGAAACAAACAACAACAAGUGUUAAGUUGCAUGAUUUGCACGAGUCCUCUGUUUCUUCAAUUUGGGUUUCAUGAAUGGAAAUUUACUGUACAUUUAGAAACUUAGAUUGCCGAUGUUGUCAUUGAUGCUCAUUGGUGCAAUUAUGUAUUGGCUAAUAAACUGUCAGUAUAUAAGAACUAGUUCAAUACAGAAACGGUGGUGCAUGGAUCAAAUACAGCAUCUACAGUAUAACAGCUAAAGAGCCAGGAAACAUGAAGACUACUGCAGUUUUUGCUCUGUGUUUCAUAUGUUUCAGUUACAGUCUAGCCAUCAACUCUGUGGAUGAUGUGUAUGAAUAUCUGUGGGAGAAGAAUAAAGACAUUGCCAAUAAAACACUCGGUGUGGACUUCCUGAGACAAAUGGAGAGUGGUACCCUGCAGGCAGAGCGAUACAUCAACUUCACCCUACAGGACAUCAACUAUAUACUCAAAGUGACCAAGAUGUUGAAGAAAAUGAGCGCAAAAGUAUCUAAGCCCGAUAAACUCAGGGACUUCAUGAUUGGAAGAUACUCAAGUUACAAAAGCUUUGCAGACUACAUGGUCAAACAGUACUUUUUCAAGGGCGAACCCUCCAUCCAGCAAACUCCAGCUAUGGAGAAGUAUCUGUCAUUUUACAAAAAAUUAAUGGCAGGAGAUCCAUUGUAUUUUGCUGUGGGUCUUCUGCCCUGCUCUAGACUCUGGCUGUGGUUGGCAAAUAAUCUCAACAUACCUCCAACCAAUGCCUACUACACCUGGAAAAUGGAGAAUGGGAGCGGUCACCCUGAGAAGCAUUACAAAGCUCUGCUGAACACUUAUCUCAACACACCUGACAAAGUGAUAAAGGCUAAUACUGUAUUUCGUGCACAGAUGCAAAAUGAGCAUGAUUUCUUUUUUACAUCUUAAAUCCUUGAUUGUUGGUAGUUUAUGUGUAGUACAGUAAAAUACACUGUAAAAAUUAUGUCGAAAUUACAGUGUUACUAGCAGCAAUUUAAGUUAUUUACUAAUAACAGUUUGUUUAAAGUUAAAUGAACAUGAAACAUUUUCAGUCUUUAUCUUCUACAGUAAGUUACUGCCAACCAGCUGCAUACAGUGUACAGUACUGUAAUGUUUCUAUGUAAUAAAAACCACACUUAAUAAAAAGUGCAA